AUGGAGAUGCUGGGCAAGUCCCUCGAGGCACGAGAGCAAAACGACCGACUACAAGGCCUCGGCGGUCAGGGCGGCCCCCCGCGCUUUAACAAUCAGACUGCGGUGCUCGUUGCCGACCAAGUGCUGCGGCGCAUCGAGUACUUGCACUCCAAGGGCAUCGUCCACCGCGACAUCAAGCCCGAGAACUUCAUGUUCGGGAUCAAGAGCAGG